AUUUAACAUUAGUUCAUCUAUGGUAUAAUUAUGGUAUUAUAUUGUAUGUUAUAGGCAUAUAUUGAGGAAACAUCCAGUGAAAAGGGGUUUGCUCAAAUUUAUUCUAAUUAAAUUUUUUUCUAAUGGUAAACACAAAAAAAUGAAUAUGAAAUCUAGUAAAUCGGUUCUUUUAAACAAAUUUGGAGACUUGAAUUUUAUAACAGUUGAAGACUGUGAAUUACCCUCAUUGGAAGGAAAUCUGGAAGUCAAAGUUGAAUAUGGUGGUGUGAAUUUUGCUGAUAUAUACACAAUAAAAGGACUAGUGGCAGAUAAAAAGCUUCCAUUUAUUUUAGGUAUAGAAUGUUCAGGAGUAAUAACUGCUAUAGGAGAUAAUGUGAAAAAUAACAAUUUCAAGGUGGGUGAAAGAGUUGUUUGCUAUGAUUACACUGGCGGUUUAUAUCGAAACACUUUAAGACUACCACCUACUAAUUGUUUUUCACUACCAGAAUAUAUUGACUCUAAAUUAGGUGCAGCUAUUUUUGUUAACUAUCUAACGGCAUAUUUCUCUUUAAUUCAUUUAGGAAACCUUAGAGAAAAUGAGUCGAUACUUAUUCUAUCAUGUGCAGGUGGUGUUGGAUCCGCAGCUGUUCAGAUAUCCAAAACUAUAGCCGGAGUGCACAUUUCGGGUUCAGGAUCCGCAAUAAAAGAAGCGCGCGCAAGAGAAAAUGGAGUAGAAAAUUUCUUUUGUAAUGAAACUUUCGUUGAAAAUGUGAAAGAUCAAAAAUUUGAUGUAAUUUUAUGCAACGAGAGUGGACCAACUUUUUCGUUCCUACAGGGUUGUUUGAAACCUUUAGGAAGAAUAAUUUUGAUAGGUGCGAACAACUUAUUGCAGACAGAAAAUGCAUUGAUAAAAACUACUAAAAAUACCGAAAAUCAAGAAAAUGUACCUCUACUUUCUCUUUUGGUAAAUAACCGGGCAGUUUCCGGUUUACAUUUAGGUACACUUUUAGCAACUGAUCCAGAAAAAGUGAAAAAUACCUUAGAUAGAAUAUUCCUUAUGGUAAAAGAACAAAAGUUGAAUCCGAUUAUACAUUCCGAAUGGAAAAUGUCCGAAAUCAUCAAAGCUGCAAAAUUAUUAGAAGAAAGAAAAAAUGUUGGUAAAAUUUUGAUAAACAUGUUUGAAUGAUUACCAUUAUUGUCAAGACUCUCAAUUUACUGAGCCCUAAAAGCACUACAAAACAGGACUAUCGUAAAAUUUACUAUGGAAACUCGCGACUGACAGAAAAACUUCGUAAAAAGAUAUUUUUGAGUAUUUUGUAACAAAUAAUUUGAAUAUAUUGUAACGUUUUUCGAAACAA